CACCUGCUGCUGAGGGAGCCAGCGGCCCGGCCAGGUGCUCGUGAUGGGGCUGAUCUUCGCCAAACUGUGGAGCCUCUUCUGUAACCAAGAACACAAAGUAAUUAUAGUGGGACUGGAUAACGCAGGGAAAACUACCAUUCUUUAUCAAUUCUUAAUGAAUGAAGUGGUUCAUACUUCUCCAACCAUAGGAAGCAAUGUUGAAGAAAUAGUUGUGAAAAACACUCAUUUUCUUAUGUGGGAUAUUGGGGGACAAGAGUCACUGCGGUCAUCCUGGAACACGUAUUACUCAAACACAGAGUUCAUCAUUCUUGUGGUCGACAGCAUUGACAGGGAGCGACUAGCAAUUACAAAAGAAGAAUUAUACAGAAUGUUGGCUCAUGAGGAUUUAAGGAAGGCUGCAGUGCUUAUCUUUGCAAACAAACAGGAUAUGAAAGGGUGUAUGACUGCAGCUGAAAUCUCUAAAUACCUCACUCUUAGUUCAAUUAAGGAUCAUCCGUGGCACAUUCAGUCCUGCUGUGCUUUAACAGGAGAAGGGUUAUGCCAAGGUCUGGAAUGGAUGACUUCCCGGAUUGGUGUGAGAUAACUUUUUAGCUUGAAAGAGACUCUUCUAUUUAUUCUGUGACAUGAACAUUUUUCCUAGUAUCUCUGGCUGCUGAGGCAGCAGCAUGUUUAAUUUAUAACAACACAAACCUCUAUAAGCAACACUUGAAUCAAGUGCAGCUGAACUGGAACAUAAAAGAUUUUUUUCUUAACUUUUUUUUAAAUGCACUAAUCUUCAGUUGGAUGAACAUUAUGUAUGUUUUCAACAACAGAACUCUUCUGACUGCGUAUUCUAAUUAUUCAGUGACUGCCUUGUAAAAAAAUGUUUGUCAUAUGUUUAAUGUUUUCAGAAGUAUUGUUAUAACCUUUAUGACCAAUUUCUUUCGGUUCUUGACUAUCACCCCCUAGCUCCCAGAUAGUUACGGUUUGACAGAGCAGUGAUGGAAGCCCCUAUAUUACUUGGGAACUUCUCUAACACAAAAUAUACUCUCUCCAUAAUUAUCUUUUGAACAAAAUUUAUUAUAAAGAAAGAAAUCUGCCUAGAAGGUUUAUGUAAUAAGGAAGAUUAAAAUUAAACAUCAUAAAUACUUUCCUUUAAACUUCCGCACAUUAUUGCAUGUCAUGGCCUAACUUAAGUUGCUCUUAAUAUGAAAAUUAAGUAGGCUGUUUAUCCAAAGGAAUUAGGUUCAUUUUCUGCCUACAUGAUUUGGUCAAAAAUUAAGGUAAAAUAUUUGAGAACUGAGCUUUGAUAGUAGAUAUUGUUGGAUAAAUGUGGUAUUUUUAAGAAUGUCCCAUUAUUCAGUGCAUAUAUUGCUAUCACGUUAUUACAGUAUACUAGAUAAAAAUUAAAAUAUACUUGAAAACACAUUGUACUAUUAAUUUGCAAACAACUUGGUUAUCAGCAAAAUUGCAGCCAUUUUAUUUGCAAGAGUUACCACUUCUGCUUUGGGCAGUAUGAAGCAGAAAACUGUGUCAGCAUUUUUAAACCAGUGCUAUAUUACUUAAAAAACCACACAGCUUUUCUUAAAUCUUUUUGUGCUUCUUCUGUAAUAGGCUUGAGACAAUUCUUAUCUCUGUAAUUAUACUUUGUGUUCUAAAAUCACAUAGAAAACUGCUAAAUCUAAUCUUUUUAAAAUAUUACUAUGACAUCCAAAAGUACCAUCCUUAACAAUUUAUAAGUCAAAAAAAUAAAAUGGAGAAGUCACAAUCUAUCAAAAGCUUAUUUAUUGGAUACUACUGAAAGCUUUGAGGCAGUUGUCUAAUAUGAAAAAUAGUCUAAACAGGAUGUACCUUAAAUUAAGAGGGAGUACUAUACUGUAAUUUCAUUCCUGUUAAUUUCAAGUGAAAUUUUGCUGUAAUGAAAGGCAUAGAAUGUAUAGAGAGUAGUAAUUCCUUUUUGCAGUAUUUUUUUUGUUUGGAUCAAAAGUUUCAGUGUUCAUAAGAAUUUCAGAAUUCUUGUUCAAAAGUGAUAUUUUAAUGUUUUAUCUAUAAAUUGAUAUGAAUUAUGUGUUUUCAGAUGUGCUUGGUUUAUUAUAUAUAGAUGAAUUAAUUCAGCAGAACUUGGCAACAUUUUUCUGAUUUCCAUUCAGUAGUAGCCUACCCUGGAAUGAAAAGUGGCCAGAAGAAAGCAUUCUGAACUUUGGAAAAUACUUUACCUUUAUUUUGAACCGUUUUUCUUAGUGAUUCUAUAUAAGUAAUGAGUAAGUUUAAUUUUGUUUUUAAUAUAACCAUAAUCAGGAAUGUAAGAGAAAAGCAGCUAUAAAUCAAUAUGGAUGCUUUGAGGUGUGUGUGUAGGGGGUGUGAUGGUGGUGGGGGGACUUAAGGAAGUACCAUUUACCUCUAGCACAUUUUGCCUGAAUUUCUCUUUGGUUUUAUCAUUUACCAUAAAUACUAAGGAUAAUUCUCCUAAGUCUGUUCUGAGAAAACAUAUUUAAUCCUCCUUAUUUCCCUAUGAAAUAAUUAUCUGCCUUGUAUCUAAUAAGAUGGCUGGUUCAGUUUUCUUCUAUCAAAUUAUAUGAUUAUUUUUUAUAUUACCACAUCAGCAUUAUAUUGAAAGUGUUUUUAAUAGUCAAUUGUAUUUUGUCAAACAGCUACUAGAAUAGACUGAAAUGUCCUAUUUGUUUUAAAAUACAAUUUGUUUUUUGAAUCUUUUGUUUUAAAAAAAAGUUCUGUUACUUUUGCAUUAAAAGUGAUGUAUGUUAGUAUUUAUUGAGGAUGAAAUUGCCAUUCAAGUAGACUUUGUGCCAAUGAUUUGGAAGUUCAAGUAAGACUUUGUAAAAGGUUUUCCUCACAUCUUUCCUGUUUCAGUAGCGUGAAAGCUGGUUAUCCUUUACUCCAAGAGAAUGUUUGCCCAAGCAGGUAUCUAGUACUGAGCCACUGAUUUUGACAUUCAUUGUGAAUCAGCUAACUUUGUGAGACGAAUAUCUUAUGAAAAUGUGAGUGUGAUUAGUGCCUUUAUUCACAUUUUGAGAUGUUCUCAGUUUUGUACGACACCUAUUCUUUAGAGUCAGAGAGCUGCAAACUCGUUCAGGAAGGGAAUGAUCUGAGUGGUGCUCUACCUUUCAGCGCCACAUUUUAUCUACCUGAGAGGCAGAAAGCACGGAACGCACCACAUUUCCCUUAGAUUAUUCUAGAUUUUACUUUCAGUUGGAAGAUUGGUUAAUUGUUAACAGAAGUAUUUGUGACGUGUUAUGACUAAAAUGUGUAGCUACCAAGCCAAGAUCAAAUAUGGCAUUUUUCUUAAGUCUAAACAUUUUAUGUUUCUCAUCUUUAAUCCAGUCAUUCUUACUGAAAACAUUUUGAGGACUUUUAGAAUAGUUUAUUUUUUGAGGGAAUUCACUGAAUAUUUUUAAUGUUAGUGUAAUUUAAUUCCUAAAAAACUCAAAUAUUAAUAUAUAUAAUCUCUGGAAAACUAAGGAUUAAAUAAUUUUUGCUUUUAGGUUCUUACUUUGGUAUACGUAAAGGAAUAAUUACUUUUAUUCUAGAUUCUUUGGGGGGAAAGAUAAUACGUUUCAUUAAUUAAAAUAAAUUUAAAUGGCAGUACUCUCUGUAGCAUAGCCAUUUUGAUUAAGCAUAAUUUAACUUUGAUUAUCAAAAGCUUAAAGGGAAAAUAAUUGUUUUCCAAUGCAAACAGUGAGUGGCGUAGACAGUGCUCUUAACAGUAGUCUCUGAAAAGUUAUGGAAGUGUCACAGCAAAGAAAGUUUUGAACAAAGCAGUAACUUUUUAAUACUCUGCGGUAUAGUUCCCUAGGUGAAAUUUUAGAUGAAAUCGUUCUGCACGGCACCCGUUUAAUUCUUAACCUUUAAAAGCAUAUAUUAGAAAAAUCUACUGGUGUUACGACUGUGGAUUAGAAGCUUUAUUGACUGUCAUCUUUGAAGACCACUUUCUGUGUAUAAUUUUAAAUCCAUGGCUUUGGAACCCGUAAAACUUUACAUUUAAAUUAGCUCUAAAAGAUUUUUCUCCAUUUUGUCUGGGCAAAAUCAUUUCAGGAUACGUAUAGUGUCUUGUACUUAGUUGCAUAUUGUGUUGACUGUCUGAAGAAAUAGAUUUGCAUCUUCAGUUGUCUAUUUAUUGAUUAUCUACUUGACCGAAGAUAGUUAUUGUCCAUGGCCUGUGUUUUGUUUUUCCCAUAGCGAGUACCUUCAAUCAAUUGGAGCUCUACCAUGUCUUUUAGUUUUAAAAUUCUGAGUCUUUAUUACUAGUAAUUUUUAAAGCCCCAAGUAAUAUGUAUAUAAUGUAGAAUUAAACUUAUUUUAUUAUUUGUUUUCCACUCUUCAUUUAGUAUAUGAAUAUAAUCAAGGAAAAUAAAAGGUCAGUUAAUAACUAGUAUUCAGUUUAAACUGAUCUAGUAGCUAAUGACAGUGCAAAAGAGAAAAAAAACCAUAUUGUUAAGAAAAUAUUAACUUGCUUAUAAAGGAUCAGUGGGUGUUGGAAAUAAUCUCUUCUAGAAAGUGUACCUUGCUUAUUUUUCUGGAUUUACUAAUGGGUUGGAAGUGGUUAGUUCAUUUUCUUGCCUUUAGAUGAUACCCCAAGCUCUAGUUCUGUUUGACCUUCCACUAUUGAAAGGAUAAUGUGACCGAGAUAUUAGUAUUUAACCAGUGUUUGCAUAUAUCUGAAACUGCUUCAUAACCAGGAUUAGUUUUUCGUAGUGUUGUCUAAUUGUUAUUCAUUUAAUAUUAUUGUGAAGACUGAAACUCAGAAGCCAAGUUCCCAAAAAAGGGUACUGUGUAUGAAUUGUACAGGAGGCUGAAGCAAGAGGAUCACAAGAUUGAGGCCGGCCUGGGCAACUUACAGUGAGACCCUGUCUCAGAAUGAGAAGAGCUUGGAUAUGCCUCAGUAAUAAAGUACUUGUCCAGCACGCAUGAGGCCCUAUGUUCAGUUCUAAUACUGCCCACGUCAUGCCAAAGUUCUAGGUGGCCAAAACUAAAUAGAGAAAGUUAAAAAAUAGGUUUGACUGCUGUGUUUUAAAUUGAAAAGGAAACAAAAUGUGUUCAUUGGGCUUAAAAUUGGUUUUAAAAUAUAUAUGAUUUAGUGAAAUGUUUGGAAAAUGUUCCUUUUGGAACAUUUGGAGGCAUACCUGGAAACUAAGUCAGAACUAUGUUCAGAAAGACAUAAGAGAAAGUGUGAAUGGUAGAAGGAAUUUCCCUUCCUCUCCCUAUUUAAGGCACUUAAAAUUGCUAGUCUUCUACUGCAGAUGGUUUAUGUUAUUUUUUUUUUUUUUGGUUUUUUGGUUUUUCUCUGGUACCGGGAACCGAACUCACGACCUUGCGCUUGCAAGGCAGGCGCUUUGCCGCUGAGCUAAAUCCCCAGCCCCCGGUUUAUGUUAUUUUUAUUGUGGCCCAAAAAACUGAAGACUGACAUUUUUUUAGAAUUUGGAACUGUAGUCAGAUAGAGGUAUCUUUUGCAUUCCUUUAAAAAACAGUAAUCUACAUGUUCUUCUGGAAGUGGAGAAGUAAUAAAAUGUCCUGUUCAUAGCUUUUGGAAUAGAAAAUAAAUUCUCAUGCACAAAGUUUUAAAGUGUUAAUUAAAAAAUUACCUCAUUGUUUAAUCCACAGGGUGCUUUGUUCAAGUUUGUGGGAUGUCGCACUGUCCCAUAGAUACCCUCUUCACACAAACUGUAUGAAAUGUGCAGAUUUUACAACUUGGGGAUUUUGGUUUUUUUCUUAAUUAUUUAUCACCAGCAGGGCUAACAUGAUUUGUCAGUUUUCAUUAAAGCACAUGAGCAAGUGCUCAGUCAGUCAAUAUUUAAGUAGUUACAUGCGAUAAAGGGAAUGAAAAGAUUCGUAAUGAGUUUGAUUACAUUAUGCUGUUGAAUAUAUUUACUUUAGUAUUAGUAAGCAAGGAAAUGACCAUCACUGGAUCUCACUUCGUAAGAAUUGUAUGCAUGUUUUGGCCCUAUUCGUAAGAGACUAUACUCUUUUUAACCUUACAUUUUCCCUCAGAAAAUUCAGGAACUUUGAAGCCCCUAUUUUAUUCUCUUGGAGUAAACUUUCAGUGUAGUUAUGAAAACUUUAACGUUGAUUUUUGAAACAUUUAGCUGCUAUUUCAUUGAAAUUGCACAGUAAAUGAUGGUUAUGAUGUUUCUCAGUUAUGGAGUAGUUAUAAAUUUUAUCAUCUGUUCUGUGGAACACAGUUGUAAACAACAACAAAACGCAAAACCUAAAAGCAGUUGCAGCCUUGCCCUUCGAUUUAUUCCAAUCGGAGUGUAGGGAUUGUGAUCACACGUUGCUGUCUUACUGUAAACUGGUGCUUUAGAGGACGUAGAGGAAGCAGCAGGCCCUGUAUUCAAAACACUUCUUGCCUUUGAAUGUAAAACUACUUGAAAGUGUCUCUAUUCAGGUCUAAGCUCAUUUAAAGACUGGAAUAGAAACUUUCAUCCAUCAGGCUUCAGGUUUUCUGCUAAAGCACUAACAGUAUCUUAGCCUGGUCAAAAUAGAAGACGGUAUUAAGAAGGUCAAAACUGAAUUAGAUCUCUCUACCCCUUCUCCCUGGUAUUGUACAGAGAAAAGAAAAACGUCGUUGUUGCCAUGAGCUGCUCCUGACUCCUGACCAACUGAGAUGUGUGCCAUUGGCCCAAUAUAUAAGCAUUAACAAAUUUUGAAAGCAAAUUACUGAGUGUGUUCACAUUACUUCUUGCAAAUGGUUUAAAGCAUGUUCUUCUGAUGGUGGGCUUGUUUAAAAGACAUUUUAAAAAUUUUAAUACUCCAUUACUGUUGUGAAAUGCUUUUGUAUGUUAUGUUUAGGUUGCUGGUAUUCAUGAUUUUUUAUUUCUGCAAUUAUGUUAUAAUGAGUUGCUUGCAUGCCUACUUACCCAAGUAAAACAGUGCUGUUUGCUCUGGAAUGUUUAUCUUAUAGACAGGAUUUGGCUCCUUUGCAAUCAUGGUGCAAUACAGUGUAACAUUUGUUUUCAGUCAACAGUUUUAUUUUUGUCAUAAUAAAUAAUUUUCCAAUAUGAA